AUGCCAUCCACAUCACCGUCACCCCAGAUUAAGGGCCGCGGUGCUAAAGCAAGGAUUUGUCCCCAUUGCGGCCGCGGCUUCCGGCGAACAGAACAUUUGGAGCGCCAUGUGAGAACCCAUACUAAGGAAAAACCGUUCAUCUGUUUCUGUGGGUCUGCCUUUACUAGGCGCGAUCUUUUGAAGCGGCAUAAUCGCAUCGCUCACCAAGAUGGCCUCUCGUCGCCCGAUUCCCAACCAGCCGCGCCCGUCGUUAAGCCCGUCCGCCAAGCACCCCGCAGCACGGCUCCUGCAGCCAUCGCGCCGCAAUAUGAUGCAUCUACCCAACCAGUAGGAUCGGUCCCAGGUCCUUCCACGAUGCAUCCAUGGCCUGUACCCCAACCUGACAAUACUUCCUAUUUAUCACAAACCCAGGCAACUGGUUUGCUGCCGCCCGGCCCUCCUAAUCCUCACCCGGCGACAGAUGGCCAUCCAGCAAUGCAUGACCCGGCAAUGAUUCAAGCUGCUCAGUUACUUAUUCCCGGCAACUAUCAAGAUUUGCAUGCUCCCCUGCCUUAUUUACCAGAAGAUCUUAAUCACUUCCAAGAAUUCACUCAUUUUCUUGAUUCCAUCGGUCUUCCAGCUGAAUGGCUUCCUAGCGAAGGCGAAGCUGCGCAAAUUCAAGAUAUCGGCCUCGAAGACACCCAAAAACCCACUUCGUACCCACCGCAAGAACAAUCGAGACCACAGAAGAGCCAUCGAGAAGACUCGCGUGGCGAUUCUCCUUUCCGAUCGUGGUUACCGUCAGUGCCUAAGGGCGAUCAAAGCUUGACAUCUAUUUCGGAUACUGAACCUUCACAUGUCACUAAUGCUUGUAGGUUCAACGUUUCGGAGGAUCAACGAUUCCGCUUAGCUGCUUCUCUCGAAGAUUUCCGCAAUGUAAUACCCGAUUUCACUCUGCCAUCCCGCCAUACAUUGACCCGGUAUCUCACAUCCUACUUUGAGGGAUUUCACCCCCAUAUACCUUUCAUACACGUUCCAACGUUCCGCUUCAAUGAAUGCUCCCCAGAACUAGUAUUGGCCAUAAUGACAAUCGGGGCCCAGUAUCGGUUUGAGCAUCGCAACGCCGAAAAGAUCUUUCACGUUUCCAAAGCGGUCCUGUAUGAACGGAAGUUGAGAGAGGACCGCAUGGCAGCGCAGGGUUAUCCUACUCCCAUGGGAGGCUCUUCAUACCCAGAUGGGAGAGAUGGCCAGCCCAGAAGUGCAUUUGCGGCAAGUGUGUUUCGGCAAAUGGAAGUGAUUCGCUGUCUUCUGGUGUUAAUGAGCUAUGCGACUUGGGAACGAGCUGGUCUUGUUCAAGAAGCAUUUCAGCUCCAAUCGCAGCUGGUUCAAGUACUUCGCGAUGCGGGCUUGUCGGAGCCACAAUCCGAUCCGCACGCUCCGUCAACAGAUUGGUAUGAAUGGGCUGAUCAAGAGUCAGUGCGCCGCACGAAGCUUAUAUCAUUUUGCUUCAUACAUAUACAUAGCAUCGCAUACAAUGUCUAUCCAUCUCUUCGGAGCAGUGAAAUUCAUAUGCGACUCCCUUGUUCGACGAAAGAAUGGACAGCUAAAAGUGCCACGGAAUGGGAAGCGGCUCAACAAGAACGGGGGCCUCAGCAACUAUUUUUCCAAGAUGCCCUUACACUUCUGCUUCAGAAGUCGAGGUCAGCAGUACCGAUAAUUCCUAUCCCAUCACCACUGGGAAACUAUAUGCUUCUUCAUGGUCUCCUUCAGCGGAUCCAUAUUGUGAGCGAGUUAUCAUUGCCGAAUGGAAACCAUUCAACCUCUCUCCCCACUGAGGAGCUCAACAAGAUCGAACGCGCUCUUCGCUCCUGGACAUCUGUUUGGCAACAAGCUCCCGAAUCAAGUCUUGAUCCACACAACGCCAACGGACCCAUCCCAUUUACAUCUAGUGCGUUAUUGGGUCUGGCAUACGUGCGUCUGUCUUUAAAUCUUGGCCCGUACCGCCGGCUUGAAACACGAGACCCAUUGACAAUCGCAUCUGCUCUAUGCCGAUCCCCUAAUCCAGAGCGAAGUUAUCGUCUUAUUCCUGCAUUAAUUUACGCAGCUCAUGCCUUGAGUAUUCCAGUUCGUCUGGGUAUCGAUCACAUUGCGCGAAGCCAGGCCUUCUUUUGGAGUGUGCGCCACUCACUUGCUAGUCUAGAAUGCGCCGUUCUCCUGAGCAAAUGGCUUUUCACUCUUGCUGAAGCCGCCCCUGACCAGGCGCUUAGUGAGAACGAAAGUCGUAUACUUCGAUGGACUCAAUGUAUUGUGGAGGAAGCGUAUUCUUCUAUCGACCUGGAAGAUGCACCCGAUGCCUCGCCUAACCUGGAUCCUGCGUCCUUGGGAUUGGCAGUUCUUAGGCUGUGGUCGAGACUAUUCAAGGGCAAUACCCAGUGGCCUUUCAUCAAUGCGCUUGGUGAGAGCUUGGAAAAGUAUAUGACGAUGAUCUGA